CUUGGCCUUCGUGUGAUGCUUGUGGACGAGUAUCAAGACCGGCUGUUUCUUGGAGGAAAAAACCUGAUCUAUUCUCUCAGCUUAGACCGAGUCAGUGAAAAUUACAGAGAGAUCCACUGGCCCAGCAGCUCCCAGCAGGUGGAAGAGUGCACCAUCAAAGGAAGGUCUAUGGAGGAAUGUGCAAAUCACAUCUGUGCUUUACACCGAUACAACCGAACACACCUGCUGGCCUGCGGGACAGGAGCCUUUGAUCCCCUCUGCGUCUUUGUCAGAGCCGGCCACCAUUCAGAGGAUCAUCUCUUUCAUCUAGAAGCUCACCGAUUAGAGAAAGGAAGGGGCAGAUGUCCAUAUGCACCAAGUUCUUCCUUCAUGUCCACUUUAUAUGAAAAUGAACUGUUUACUGGACUCUACAGUGACUACUGGGGGAGAGACGCCGCCAUUUUCCGCCUGAUGGGCCGCCUGGCUCACAUCCGGACUGAGCCUGACGAUGAACGGCUGCUGAAAGAACCUAAAUUUGUGAGUUCCCACAUGAUUCCGGACAACGAAGACCGGGAAGACAACAAGGUGUAUUUCUUCUUCACCGAGAAAGCGUUGGAGGCAGAAGCAGCUGCCCAGGCUCUCUAUGCCAGAGUGGGCCGAGUCUGUGCGAAUGACAUGGGAGGACAAAGGAUGCUGGUGAACAAGUGGACCACUUUCCUCAAAGCCAGGCUGGCCUGUUCGGUCCCAGGGAUGAAUGGCAUCGACACGCACUUUGACGAGUUGGAGGACAUAUUUUUGCUCCAGACUCGGGAUAGCAAAAACCCGGUGAUAUUUGGACUCUUCAACACUACAAGCAACAUAUUCCACGGAUACGCGGUCUGUGUCUAUCACAUGGCCAGUAUCCGGGCGGCUUUCAACGGACCCUACGCUCACAAAGAAGGGCCUGAAUAUCACUGGUCUGUGUACGAAGGCAAGGUGCCCUACCCGAGACCUGGGUCGUGUGCCAGCAAAGUGAAUGGGGGUCUGCAUGGGAGCACCAAAGACUAUCCGGACGAGGCCAUCCGCUUCGCUCGAGGCCACCCACUGAUGUACCAGACUGUCCGUCCGGUGCACAAGAGGCCAAUUCUGGUGAAGACAGACGGAAAGUACGGCCUCAAACAAAUAGCCGUGGACAGAGUGGAAGCCGAAGAUGGCCAAUACGAUGUCUUAUUUAUCGGAACAGAUAAUGGGAUUGUCUUGAAAGUGAUCACAAUUUACAACCAAGACACGGAAUCUAUGGAGGAAGUGAUUCUUGAAGAGCUGCAGGUGUUCAAAGUGCCAUCUCCUAUUCUCUUUAUGGAAAUUUCUUCCAAAAGACAACAGAUCUACGUGGGGUCCGACUCUGCCGUCGCACAGGUGAAGUUCCACCAGUGUGACAUGUAUGGCUCGGCCUGCGCCGACUGCUGCCUGGCGAGAGAUCCCUACUGUGCCUGGGAUGGGAUGUCCUGCUCCAGAUACUACCCAACAGGAACACAGGCCAAAAGACGCUUCCGUAGACAGGAUGUCCGUCACGGAAAUGCCGCUCAGCAGUGCUUCGGCCAGCAAGGUAAUGGGGACGCCUCGGGCAAGGUGGAGGAGCGGCUGGUGUACGGCAUCGAGCACAACAGCACCCUCCUGGAGUGCAUCCCCAGGACUCUGCAAGCCCAGGUGAUCUGGCUUGUGCAGAGAGCUCAUGAGGCCCGGAAGGAAGAGGUGAAGGCUGAUGAAAGGCUCCUUAAAAUGGACAUUGGCCUGCUGUUUUUAAGGCUGCACCGGACGGAUGCCGGAAUGUAUUUUUGCCAGACGGUGGAACACAGCAUCGUUCAUACCGUGAGAAAAAUCACCCUGGAAGUCGUGGAAGAGGAACGUGUGGAUCGCAUGUUCAGCAAGGACUAUGAGGAGGAGCUGGCUCAGAAAACGCCCUGCCCUGCCCAGAGCAGCCUCUCCCACGGGUCGAAGCCCUGGUACAAGGAGUUCCUGCAACUGAUAGGCUACAGCAAUUUUCAGAGGGUGGAGGAAUAUUGUGAAAAAGUGUGGUGCACAGAUAAGAAGAGAAAAAAGCUGAAAAUGACUCCCUCUAAGUGGAAGUAUGCCAAUCCACAAGAAAAAAAGGCCCGUAUCAAAUCAGAGCAUUACCGCGUUCCCAGGCACACCCGGAUGGGGGACUCCUGAUGGGGGGAAGCCAUAA